AUGGCACCCUUUACAUUUCCUCCGCCGCCACCACCACCACCACGUACACAGCAGCAGCCACCUCCUCCACCGGCGCUUGGAAAUACACCCUCUUACGCAUCGCAGAAUGCCUAUGCUCACCGCGGUAACUACCGCGGCACGGGUGGUGGUUAUAGGGGUCGAGGACGUGGUGGUAUGAACCGUGGCGGUCGAGGUGGCGGAGGAGCUUAUCCCAAUAGCUAUUCGAAUAGCAACCCGCAAGGCAUACAUGGCGGAGGAUAUUCGACUGCUUCCGUGCAGUCUCCGCUGAAUACGCAAGGCUACUAUCAGAAUAGUUCUCACUCCGCUUCGUCGUUCUCUUCUGUUGCUCAGGGAUAUCCUGCUCAGACGUAUGCCUCACCCUCUACAGCUACGACGGCGGCAUACCCGCAAUCGAAUUAUAGUGGAAGUUACGGGAAUACAGGGCAAGCACCAGCCAACGUACCUGCGUCAUCAUCCUACUCCGCGGGCUCAGCAGGGCUUGGUUCUACGGUAGUGGCCCCUCCGAUGCACUGGAAUGCCGGAUCAGGCGGUUUCUACGCUGGAUCUACGAAUGGCACUUCCUUUCAGCAAGGGCCGUAUCAAGGCUCCACUCACGGAACACACUAUGGAAGCGGCGGUCAGAAGCGCGCAUUCUCAUCAGCUUUCGGAAAACCAGUGUCGCAAGCACCUCGAGUGGCGGCACCGCCUGCUGUCCCCAGUUUUGGAGUUCCCCUGCCUGCGAAACCUCCGCAGCCGGCUGCUGAUACUUCUCGCAAAGCGCUUAAGAAGAAGAAACGCAAAUUCAACCAGCUCGGCCUCACGCCCAAAGCCGAGGAGCACGAGUCUAGUGCUGAAGAGGACGACGACGUGGAUGAGGAAAGCCGAUUGGCGUCCGCGGGCAGUGCAGCGGGGCCUAUACAAAUCACCUACCGUGGACGUACCUCGACGCUGAGUACAGCAGCAGAUAUUCAAGCAUGGAUUGCAGAGAGGAAGAAACGGUUUCCGACAGAGGCGCGCGUCGAGGAGAAGAAGAAGGCACAGGAAGAAGCUAAGAAGCAAAGAGAGCUUCAGCGGGAGGAAGCGCGGCGUAAACAAAUGGAACUCAGGGAGCAGGCGAAAGCAACGCAGAAAGAUGCCCCCUCCAACGCUGUGGAUGUAGCCAUCAAAGCCAAGGCGAAAGCCGAAAGAUUGCGCAAGAAGCUUCUGAAAGAAGAGAGGCGGCUGCAAAAGGCGGAAGCUGAUGCUGAAAGAGCACGGCUGGUAGUGGAAGCUUCGCAGCAGCCAUCUGGUGCGGAGGCACAAACUACAGGCGAAAACCAGGGUGUUGUCGAUCAGGCUACGGUAGAGAAAGAUGCAGACGACGUUCCAUCUCAAACCAAUUUCACCGGCAAAUGCCCACGCGGGGCCCAAUGUCGGUUUUCGCAUGAACCGCGCACGAAGCAGCAGCAACAGCAACAGCCGCGGCAGCGGCAGCCCGCUAAGAGGGGACUCUAUCAGAUGCUCGUCGCGCAGUCAGUUCAGGAAGAAAAUCGCCAGGUUAUGCAGGCCAUUUCCUGGCUUGGGUCGCAGGGGUUACUUGAAGAGCCAGACGCUGGUGACGGGAAAUCCACUGCAUGA